UACACAGAGGAGCGGCGGAGUGCGGAGUGCGGAGUGACGGGGCGUUAUUUUUUACAUGAUUAAAACACUAAACGGGGACGAAUACACGCACGGAUCUAUAGAAACAUAUCUUAAAUACCCAGUCCGUCAUGGAGUCCUAUGACAUUUUAGCUAACCAGCCGGUUGUGAUUGAUAAUGGUUCGGGGGUUAUCAAGGCUGGUUUUGCAGGUGACCAGAUCCCCAAAUACUGCUUCCCUAACUAUGUGGGACGUCCCAAGCAUGUGCGCGUGAUGGCAGGAGCCCUGGAGGGAGACCUCUUCAUCGGACCCAAGGCAGAGGAGCACAGGGGCCUGUUGUCGGUUCGAUACCCGAUGGAGCACGGGAUCGUGAAGGACUGGAACGACAUGGAGAGGAUCUGGCAGUACGUUUAUUCCAAGGAGCAGCUGCAGACUUUCUCCGAGGAGCAUCCUGUGCUGCUGACUGAGGCUCCUCUCAACCCCAGUAAGAACAGAGAGAAGGCAGCAGAGGUGUUCUUCGAGACCUUCAACGUCCCCGCUCUCUUCAUCUCCAUGCAGGCCGUGCUCAGCUUGUACGCCACAGGCCGCACCACCGGGGUUGUGUUGGACUCGGGCGACGGCGUGACCCACGUCGUGCCCAUCUACGAGGGCUUCGCCAUCCCACACUCCAUCAUGCGCGUGGACAUCGCGGGGCGGGACGUGUCUCGCUACCUCCGCCUGCUGCUGCGCAAGGAAGGCUACAACUUCAACACCUCUGCAGAGUUUGAGGUUGUUCGCACCAUCAAAGAGAGAGCCUGUUAUCUCUCCCUCAACCCUCAAAAGGACGAGACUUUAGAAACAGAGAAGGCUCAGUACGUUCUCCCUGAUGGAAGCACUUUAAAUAUCGGUCCGGCCCGGUUCCGUGCUCCAGAGCUGCUCUUCAGACCCGACCUGAUCGGAGACGAGAGCUCGGGGAUCCACGAGGUCCUGGCCUACGCCAUCCAGAAGUCUGACAUGGACCUCCGACGCACACUAUUCUCCACCAUAGUCUUGUGUGGAGGGUCGACACUGAUCAAAGGUUUUGGGGAGAGACUACUAACUGAAGUGAAGAAGCUUGCACCCAAAGACGUGAAGAUCAAGAUCUCUGCCCCCCAGGAGAGGCUCUACUCCACAUGGAUUGGUGGCUCCAUCCUGGCAUCACUGGACACCUUUAAAAAGAUGUGGGUGUCGAAGCGGGAAUACGAAGAGGACAGAGCACGUGCCAUCCACAGGAAGACGUUCUAGGAGGGGCCGCCGCCCUGCGAAUGCCCCCAGAACUGCCCUCAAACCCCCCCAAUCAUACUGUCGGAGACUCCCUCACUCCUUUCUCUAAACCGCUGUCAAGCCUACCCCCCCC